AUGGUCAUACUAGCUGUGCUAUAUCAAAGGUGCAUAGAAAUUGGCGCUUCAUUCUAUAACUGUGAAUUUCUAAUCGAGACGGGACCCCCAUUAGAACUUGUCUGUUCGGGAUAUUAUAGUUUAGAAUUGAAACUGAGGUAUCGCGACAAUUUGGUUGACCCAGCUGCUCCAUAUCGUAUAUGGGCAAGAUCAUACUCGAACUCUACACGACAGAUCUUCAUAUCCUUCUAUGAGUCUCCGAUAACACACUGUAACAAUAUAACCUGUCAUCUUAACUGGCUGCACUGUGAUAAGUCGGGAAUGUUUGGAAUAAUCGUGCAUCCUGAGGAAAUACAUUGCUUCCGCUACACAUUCUCCUAUGUAAAGGAUCUGCAACGGAACUGCAAUGCCCUUGUGGAUGAUGCAGCCGAUUACGUGGGCAUCCACUAUGCUAAUUUAUUCGACCUGAAUACUAACUCAACGUCGACAGUCAAACAGGAAAAAAUACUCAGUAUUCUUGUACUUAUAUGGAGUUUAAAACAUCUGCAGUCGCUGCUGCGGUGGUUUGUUCUACAGAUGUCUCUGAACAGCAGUAUCUUUAAUCGGAGAGAUAAAUUUUAGUUUGGAGCUUGUGCAGUAUCAACGAAUCAAACUUAUAAAAUAUUUGUGUGUGGUAAUUUUGAUGCUCUUAAUAAUCAAACGAA